AGAGAGAGAGAGAGAGAGAGAGAGAGAGAGAGAGAGAGAGAGAGAGAGAGAGAGAGAGAGAGAGAGAGAAACAGCCACAAUAAGAAGGAAACUUAUUUAUAUCUUGAGAUCGAAACGAAACCGAAUCACUCCGCAAGUGCUUCGAACUCCGUGACGAUGUCCUCGCCGGUCGAAGAAGACGGAGCGGUUCAGCUUCUGUCCAGUUUGUGCAGAGAACCCUUUUGGAACGGAACGAAAUCUUGGGCGUCGGAGGAGCCCGAACUCGGGAUCUGCGCGGAGAGGACGCUGCUGGUGUGGGCGCCCUGCUUGCUGCUGUGGGCGUGCGCGCCGCCCUACCUCGUGCACCUUCUGCGGCGGCCGCUCGACCCCAUUCCUUGGACGAGGCUCUCGUACUUCAAGAUGGCGGCAACGGGCGUCCUCCAGGCGACGGCGGCGACGGAGCUGGGUUGGGCGCUCGCGAGGGGCGCCCGCGAGGUCCCGCCGGCGGACUUCAUCGCCCCCGUCGUCCUUCUGAUAACGCACGUCAUUCACAUGUGCCUAGUACUGGUGGGGAGGAGAAAAGGCGAACAGAACAGCGGUGUCAUCUGGCUGUUUUGGCUGUUCUUUUUAUUUUGCGGACUUCCCCAACUCUACACAUCUAUCGCUGCUGCCAUUAGGAAGGCAGACGCCCCUCCCCCUGUGCUAGUGGCGACCUUCCUCGUGCAGUUCCUCUUCUGCGUCGCCCUCUUCUUCGCCAAUUGCUUCAGCGACGCCGCCUCUGCCGUCAAGAGACUCAGCCAGACGGAGAAUCCCUCGCCGCUUCUGCAAGCCUCCUUCGUGAACCGCCUGUUCUUCUUCUGGAGUGGAUCCAUCGUGUGGCGGGGCUGGCGACGCCCUCUCACGUCCGAAGACCUCUGGGACCUGAUACCCGAGAACACGACCUCCACCCUCGGCGCGCAGUGGGAAGCUGCCACCAGAAUCAAAUCCACGCCCAUAAAGGAGAAAGACAAACACGGAGAAAUAAAAUUCACGAGUUUACCCACAUCGGAAAGCCAAGCCCCCGUCUUACUCAGUCUAUGGAGGAUGUUUGCUAAGCCGUUCAUCCUACUGGGCGCCAUCUAUCUGCUGGCUGAAGGGUCGCGGUUCGUCACUCCCCAAAUCUUGAGCCUCGUUAUAACUUUCAUGGCGGACGAGAAGCAGCCUCCCUGGCACGGCUACCUGUAUGCUGUGUCUCUGAUCCUCUCCUGCAUCGUCUCGACCCUCCUAAGGAACAAAUUCUACUUCAAGAUCACCGUCAUCUCUGUUCGCAUUCGGUCCGUCAUCAUGUCAGCGGUGUACAGGAAGGCCCUCAGUCUGUCCGGGGCGGCGAGGCGGGACUCCACCCUGGGCGAGAUCGUGAACCUGAUGGCCGUGGACGCGCAGUGCAUCGGCGACACCGUCAUCCUGCUCUGGAGCCUCUUCGGCGCGCCCGCCAUCUUCCUCAUCACCAUGGUUUUCCUGUGGAGUGAACUUGGCGUGAGUGUGCUGGCGGGGGUUGCUGUCCUGUUCCUGAUCGUUCCUCUGAACAGCUACUUGUCCAACAGAAUGAAGAGUUUGUUGUUCGCUGCACUCAAGUUCCGCGAUCAGAGAGUCAAGAUGGUCAGCGAGAUCAUCAGCGGGAUAAAAGUCCUGAAACUCUAUGCCUGGGAAGGGUCUUUUGCCAACAAGGUGCAAGAAGUGAGGAAUGAAGAAAUACGACUCCUGAAGAAAGUGGCUUUCCUCAAGGCUUUUAAUUCUUUCGUUUUUAACAGCUCUCCUUGCAUGGUUGCCCUAGCUUCAUUCGCAACCUAUCUGUUGGCUUCCCCAGACAACGUACUAGAUGCCAAAAAAGCUUUCGUUUCCAUCUCACUCUUCGAUAUCAUGAGACUACCCAUUGUCAUGCUGCCAACUAGCAUCUCACAGCUUAUUCAGGCAAUGGUAGCCUUGAAACGGGUUCAAAACUUCAUUUCUGCCGAAGAAGUGGAACCGACAGCAGUGUCCUGUGACCGAUCUGAGGCUGCUGCUGUGAUCAUACGCGGAGGUCAGUUCAACUGGGAAGGUGGUGAGCAGCAACUGACCUGGAGGCUGGAGGACAUCAACCUAGAGAUUGGCCACGAGAAACUGGUGGCAGUGGUGGGAUCCGUGGGUGCGGGCAAGAGUUCCCUCAUCUCUGCGCUUUUGGGAGAGAUGAAGAAGGUUGAGGGCAAGGUUGUAGUUAAUGGCCGCAUGGCAUAUGUGUCCCAACAGGCAUGGCUCCAGAAUGCUACCCUGAGGGAAAACAUCGUGUGGGGUCAGCCGUUUGAUGAAACGCGGUACCAGAAAGUGGUGAAAGCCUGUGCUCUUCUGCCUGACCUGGACAUGUUGCCAGGAGGUGACAUGACAGAGAUAGGAGAAAAGGGCAUCAACCUCAGCGGCGGCCAGAAGCAGCGCGUGUCCCUGGCCCGAGCCGUCUACAGCGACACUGACAUUGUGUUGCUCGAUGACCCCCUAAGUGCCGUCGACGCGCAUGUUGGACGCUUCAUUUUCGACAACGUCAUUGGGCCUCAGGGCAUUCUGCGAGGAAAGACGCGCCUCCUGGUAACCCAUUCCGUGACCUUUCUGCCGUGCGUGGAUGAAGUGAUAGUGAUGAGGGACGGCCGCGUGGUGGAAAGAGGCUCUUAUCCUGACCUUGUGGCCAAACAGGGCGACUUCGCUAACUUUGUCCUUCAGCACAUCAGUGAGGCUAACGAUGAAGAGGAGAAGGAAGAGCUAGAGGAGCUUCGGGAACAGCUGGAGGAGGUGCCGGGCGCUAAGUCCCUCCUGCGCCAGCUGUCUCUCAGGUCCAGCAAAACUUCAGUCAGCAACCCUGGCAGCACAGCCCCCACCGGCACCGCCCACAAGAGAAUCCGCAGCGUGAGCGAGUCCCAGUCCCGCCACCAAAACCUCAUUCUCAGGUCCAGCUCCUCCUCCUUGAACAUUCGAGGACGAGACAUCGCUGACGUCAUUUCAGACAUGAGUGUAUACAGCCACAUAUUCGACGAGGACGUAAAGGGUUCGAAGAAUGCCCUGCACGAGAGUAGGACUUCGUUGCACAGCAGUAAGAGUCGGAGGAAGAGUGUGGAGAUGGAGGAGCUGGCGGGCGAGACUGACGGAGGCGAAGGGACGGUCAAGGGGCAGAAGUUGGUGAUCGAGGAGACUUCGGAGACAGGGAAGGUAUCGCGGAAAAUGUACCUGGUGUACGCGAGUUCAAUGGGCGCUGUCCUUGCCGUCUUACCAGUGAUAUUUGUAGCACUCGGCCAGGCUAGCAUUGCAGGAAGUAACAUAUGGCUGUCAUACUGGUCUAGUCCCAACGCCGUCACUGAUCCUACUCUCAAUACCACAUCGACUCUCAACGCCUUUUAUAACUCCAACACUACCUUAGUCUUCAACACCUCUGUCUUCGGCGCCACUUCUGUAAACAAAACGGGUGCCCACAACACUACCUCUGUUUUCAAGACGAAUUCGGACGGUUUUAAUAUCACCUCCGACGAUUCCAGUGUUUCAAGGGGACUCUUUCUUACGCUUUAUGGGGCCUUUGGUAUUGCUCAAGCCUUCUUCUUGUUCCUGGGGAUGCUGACGCUGAUGCUGGGCUGCCUCCGGUCUUCGCGGGUCCUCCACCAGCGCCUCCUGGACAGCGUCGUGCGUCUGCCCAUGAGCUUCUUCGACACCAACCCCAGCGGAAGGAUCAUCAACAGGUUCAGCAAAGACAUCAAUGUCCUGGACAACACCUUCCCGGACAAUCUGAGGAACUUCUUGGGUUGUUUCAUGCAGGUAGUUGCUACUCUGAUAGUGAUCGUGGUCGCCACCCCCGCCGCCGGCCUCUUCGUUCUGCCUGUGAUGCUGCUCUAUUACCUCGUCCAGGUCAUCUACAUCGCCUCCUCCAGACAGCUGAAGCGCAUUGAGUCAGUGUCCAAGUCCCCCAUCUAUUCCCACUUCGGUGAAACUCUCCAGGGAGUGACAGUAAUCCGAGCCUAUAAGAGGCAAGAAGAAUUCAAUGAAGAAUCUCAAAGGAAGAUUGAAUUUUCUCUAAAAGCUACUUACACGAACGCCGCAGUCAAUAGGUGGGUUUCAGUCAUCCUGGAGAUGAUGGGCAAUGCAAUCACCUUCGCAGCUGCAAUCGUCGGCGUUGCAGGGAGGGGCUACAUCAGCUCCGGCAUCGUGGGUCUGUCUGUUACCUAUGCUAUUAGUGUCAACCUCAUCCUGAACUGGGUGGUGCGCGUGGCCUCAGAGGUCGAGGCCAACGUCGUCUCCGUGGAGAGGAUUAAUGAAUACCUCGAGAAUGAGCGCGAGGCAGACUGGGCGGCGGCCGACACGCCUGCCUCGUGGCCUGACGAAGGCUGCGUCUCCUUCAGGAACUACCAGACGCGCUACAGACCCGGCCUCGACCUCGUCCUCAAGGGCAUCACGUGCUCCUUCAGACCGGCCGAAAAGGUGGGCAUCGUGGGGCGGACGGGGGCGGGCAAGUCCUCCCUCACUCUGGCGUUGUUCCGGCUGAUCGAGGCGUCAGCGGGAGAAAUCGCCAUCGACAGGGUCAAUAUCGCUGACGUUGGCUUGCAUGACCUGAGGGGUCGAGUCAGCAUUAUUCCGCAGGACCCGGUUCUCUUCAGCGGGACUCUGCGCCUCAACCUGGACCCGCUCGACCGCUGCUCCGACGCCGAGGUGUGGCGUGCCCUCGAACUCGCUCACCUCGCCCCCUACGUCCGCGCCCAGCCCGCGGGCCUCCUGCACCCGGUGGACGAGGAGGGCGCCAACUUCAGCGUCGGCCAGAGGCAGCUGGUGUGCCUCGCCCGCGCCCUCCUGAGGAACUCCCGCAUCCUGGUGCUGGACGAGGCCACGGCCGCCAUCGACCUGGAGACGGAUGACCUGAUCCAGGCCACCAUCAGGUCGCAGUUCGCGCACUGCACUGUCCUCACCAUCGCGCAUCGACUCAACACCAUCAUGGAUAGUGACAGAGUGUUAGUCUUGGAUCAGGGAAGCGUUGCAGAAUUCGACACGCCUGCCCGUCUGCUGGCCGACCCGCACUCCGUUUUCUAUGGGAUGGCUAAGGACGCGGGGCUCGUGUAGAGUUGCUCUUGGGAAACUGAAUAAAGAGUUUGUUGAUAGGGGUU